UUGUUUUGCGCGCGUCACUCGAACUCUAUUGUCAUUCUCAAUGUCAAACACUGCAUUGUGCUAAUCAGCGCUAAUUUCAUAGAAAUCAGACGCUUAUCCCUUCAUAUCGGUUUCGAAUUCGAUUUUCCGAGCAAAAAAUAUCCGAAACCAGAAGUUGUCACUCGUUUGCCAAUUGAACGUGCGUGCGAAAUCGCAAAAUGCCGCAAGGUGGGCGGAAGGCCCCGUUCAGUGGCAAGGCCAAAAAGCAGCAGAUCCAAGUCAAGAAGAGCCGAAAGAGAAAUGAACUUGAGAGAAGUGCGUCCAGUGGUCGGUCCAUGCGGUACGGCCGAGGCAUGCACGAGUCGGAGGAUGGCGAGUCGGACGGCAGCGGAGUCAAAGUACAGAAACUCAAUUUGCAGCCUGGAAGAGGGAGGAACACAAACAGAUACGUGCUACAAUUCCAACAAGAAUCAAAAGAGGAAAUCGAGGCUAGAAAGGAACUUGCUCGGAAAGAACUGAAGCCGGUGCCUGAGAAAGAUCUUGAAGUGGACAGGGACUGUCCUUUUCCUCCAGAACUUGACUUUCCCAAACGGCCUCCGUGGGAUUCAAGCAUGACCCCAGAAGUUCUUGACGCAAAAGAGCAAAAAUAUUUUAGAGAGUAUGUUGACAAUGUUGGAAAGAAGUUUUCAUGGUCAGAGCUGAGCUAUUUUGAAAUGAAUCUCGAAACUUGGCGCCAGCUGUGGAGAGUGCUAGAAAUGUCAGAUAUUGUCCUCUUCAUCGUUGAUAUACGUUUUCCAGUAUAUUUAUUUCCUCCGUCUUUGUACGACUUUGUCACUAACUCAAUGAAGAAAGACAUGAUCCUGGUGUUAAACAAAAUCGACCUAGCUCCAGCGCCGUUGGUUCUGGCUUGGAAAAAUUACUUCAAAACGCUCUACCCUAGUCUUCAGGUCCUAAUAUUCACAGCUUUUCCAGGCUACAAUUUGAGAGACUCGAAUGAAAAAGAAGGAGGACUUUUGAUCAGGCGGAGGAGGGGAAAAAUGAGGAUGGCAGCUGAAGGGGCAGAGCAGUUACUUCAAGCUUGUGAAAACAUUGUUUCCGGCCAAGUGGAUCUAUCAUCGUGGCACAAAAAAGUUGCGGAGGAACUUAACACUGAGUACGAUGAUGACCAUCUUAUCAUUGGUCAAACUCAUGAGACUGAGCAGAUUGACACAACCUACCAUGACCAUCAGCGUUUCAAGGACGGAGUUUUGACGAUUGGCUGCGUCGGCCAACCCAACGUAGGAAAGUCGUCUCUCAUGAACGCAAUCAUGGGCAAAAAGGUGGUCAGCGUCUCUCGCACGCCUGGCCACACAAAACAUUUCCAGACAAUUUUUUUGACCCCAACAGUCAGGCUGUGUGAUUGCCCAGGUCUUGUGUUUCCGUCAAAGGUGCCAAAGCCGCUCCAGGUGCUGAUGGGAAGCUUUCCAAUUGCUCAACUCAGAGAGCCUUUUUCCUCUGUACAGUUUCUUGCUGAAAGGUUGGAUUUGGUGAAACUGCUGAAAAUACAACAUCCUGAGAAUGACGACUCUUGGUCUGCUUUUGAUGUGUGCGAUGGUUGGGCCAAGCAGAGAGGAUUCCUCACUGCCAAAGCUGCUCGCCUCGACUCGUACAGGGCGGCCAACCACAUCUUGAGGAUGGCUCUGGAUGGGAAGGUUUGUCUUUGUCUCUACCCUCCAAACUUCUCCAGCGAGAAAGAAACUUGGUUGUCACACCCUGAAAUUGAAGAUAUCAAAAGAAUCCAAGCCAAGUCGUCAGCAGGUGGAGCUAGUGCCGUAGAGGAAGAAAUUUUCAGCUCUGAUGACGAUGAGAGUGUUUCCAGGGGACAAGACAGCCAGUCGCAAGAUGCAGGGUCCGAGUCUAGCGGAUCAGAGGACGGCGCAAAAAACAAAUUCGCUUAUCUGCCAGAAGAUGAAUGCGCAUAGAUGGUUUAUCACACCUCCCAGCAAUAAUUUCUUUGCCAUUUUAUUUUUUGCAUUUAUCAUUUAAAAAAGUAGCAUCGUCGAUGAAUCAAAAAGAUCUGGACCAAAAUUCUACUCUAAAAUGCUUUAUUUCCUAAUAAAAAUUAUGACAAAUAAAAAUCUCGUAGACAAAGAGAAAGGAAAA